GCCAAGAGAGAGUGCCUUCCUACUGAGUAUCAAUGUGGAAAUGGUCGUUGUCUUAAAAAGGAAUGGAUUUGUGACAAUUAUGCAGAUUGCUCUGAUGGAAGUGAUGAGAAACAACUAUUGUGUAGUAAGUAACAAAUUAAUCCAGGAAUCAGAUGUAUAACCUAUUAAUCUUACAAUUGUCUCAUUCACAACUCUCUAGUAAUCUUAGCCUGGUAAGACUGUACAUCUGAUACAGCUACCAGACUACAGUAUUAAUCCAUUGAGUGCCUGGACUUAGCUCUCCCCUUGAUGAGUAAUAAAUUGUCUGGCAUUAGGGCGCAAUUCCAGUCCUCGCACGAAGCUCCUCGCUGCGAGUGCAUGCAUGAGCACUUCCAUCCAAUCACAAUUAAUGCUUACUGUCGAUGCAACGGAAGUGUUGAUAAAAUAUUGCACCAAUUCCUUUCCUCAAGUUGAUCAAUUCAUUUGAUAGAAAAUUGAUCAACUUCCUGUUACUUUUAGAUGAGCCAAUUAGAUUUCGUUUCAGAACUGAUUGACCAAUAGCAAACGCACAGGAAGUAAAAAGAAAUUUGAAUUCGUAUGAAUUGAUCAACUUGAGGAAAUACUUACUUCCAUAAUGCAUCGACAAUAAGAGUUAAAUUUAAUUAGAUGCAAGACAAGGAGCUUGACGUGCGAGGACUGGAAUUGCGCCUUUAGACAUGUUCUAAAAAAUAAUAAAGCAGUGUCCAUUAUAGGGUUCGAAUUAGGCAGGAAAAAUCGAUUUGCAAGUUUCCUUCUUGAAAAUUUGAAGGAAAUUUCAGUUUUGAAAAGUGGAAACGUUGCUUGCGAAAAACAAAACGGCGGUCGUUUCGUAGCGUAUUUCGUAAAUUUUCUCAACAAAUUGUACCCAUAUUAAUUCUUCAUUUCACACAUCUUUUUAGUGCAAAAUUACAAUAAUAGUCCGCAAAAUAUACUCCAUAUCUUACAUUUUAGUAAAAUACAUUCGAAAUAAUUGUGAAAAUCAACCUUCUAUGUAAACCUUAAUUAAUACAUUGUUUUUGCAAAACUUCAUUUGCAAAAUGGAUGAUUUUGCGUUCGCAAAAAGUGAAUUUACAUUCGCAAAUCGUGAAUAGCAAUUGCCGCUAAUUCGAACCCUGCCUUAUAUUAGGGCACAAUACAACUUAUGGUUUAAUUAUAGAGUCUGGGUGCAAUGCAACUUAAUUAAUGAAUUAAUUCGAACACAAUUACUUUUGUAGAUUUUACCACCUGUGCAUCAGACCAGUUUAGAUGUUACAAUGGGUAUUGUUUACAUGGUAGAUUUAGAUGUGACACACAGAAAGAAUGUCUACAAGGUGAAGAUGAACUGGAUUGUAAGUUUUAAAAUUUAACAUUUUAAUUUAUUCUCAUGUACUAUAUAUGGAAUAAUAUAAUAUACGUACAGCUCAUCAUUAUUUAAAAACUUUUAUUCAAAUUAUCCAAAUAAAUAUCCCUAAUUUAGGGCUAGUUCCGCUGGGAUAUGCAAUUCAAUUUGACAAUUUCGCUCUCGAUCCCUACCAUAUACAUACAGCCAGCUAGGCCUUGCAUGUAUAUUUUUUGUGGGUAUGAAUUAUGACUAAAGGGAGAGUUACCAAUCGGAGAGUUAUGAUUUGGGAAAGUUAUGUUCAAACCACACCCACUUUCCCCAGCGACCACACCCAAUUUCUUAACUCUCCCGACAUUUCCUUGAACUAACAUACGAGAGUUUUUUGUAACUCUCUCUUGUUAACAUUAUAUGAUUUAGAUGUUAGAGAGUUAUCAUUUUUUAAAACUUUCCAUGUUCACGAUUGUGGGAAUUAAUGAUGAGAGUUACAGUAUGUCAGUUUUUUGCGAAAACCUAAUUAGUAAAGCUUGUUUCUUCGGAUUUUCAUCUUCAAACCGCAGGAAAUAUAGUACAACUUGACUCAGUUAAACAAUGAGAUGCUUGCAUUAGAAGGGUCAAAGUACCCCCAGAAGCAUGCUUUGGCGUGAUAUUUGGCAGUACGUAUAAUGGUAAGCAUAGUUGCAAGAAAAUUGAAAAAAUUAAGAAAAUUCAAUCUUUCAGCAAUUACAUACCGUAGCUCGUAGCUCCAUGUCAAAAGAAACAAACUAGAAACUCUGUUUGUAUACACGUUACACUUGAUUAAGAACCAUAUAUUUUUACAAACCAUAAAAAUUAUUAAGAUGUUAUUUGUUAAAUAUUGCUUUUUUGGUGUUUGGUUCAUUGUUAUAGUUUUGUUAAAAGUUCAAACAAGAAAAACUGUCAAUAAUUUAUUUGCAUGCUCAUACUCGCUUCACUUGGUAAGUACUAAAGUACUACUAGUAGAAGCUAGUGUGAAAUGUUGGAACGCUAAAACUUGAGAAAAAAGUAAAUUUACUAAAAUGUGGACUUUUCUUCCCCAAAACUGACUAUUAACUCUCUUCAUUGCCACAAUCUGAAUGCGGAGAGGUUUAAAAAAUAGAUACGCUGAGCGUACAUGCGCCCGCUAUCAGUAUGGUUCGGCAGAUCUAGCGCGAGUAUAGGUUCAAGAUAGGCUAUAGAUUCAAAUACAUUCAUUUCUUGCUCUCUAUUGACAUCCAAUAGCUCUGAAGGUUGUAAACAGUUAUUAUACCAGUUUUCCCAGCUAAAUUAAUCUAGUUUUAUUCUAAUGUACGGUAUCGUUAAUCGAGUUUUCAUAAUAAUCAUAAAAUCUUAACACAAUUUUUUCAUCGUCAAAAUACGAAAUUUUGAUACACUCCUUGCUAAGAUGAGCUGUUGGACGUCAGUUCCAGUCUCUUUCAAUUGUUUUUGUCUGCGCGGUUAUAUAUUGGACUCCAGUUCUAGCUUGAGAUACCUAAAUUGUUAUCUGACGACCAACAUGGCAACAUACAGUUUUCAGCAAUAGCACGUGAUAUUUUUGGAUAAAUUAGGAUUAAUUAAAUUAAAUUAACGCGACAAGCUGCCUGAAAGCUACAAUGUUUUGAAAUUAUAUUUGGAAGUUUUCGUUGCCAAACAACUUGUGCAAGAUUUAUAAAGUUCUUUUUGGAAAAAUAACGAAUGUUAUUCAAUUUUUAAAGUAUUUGAGAUGAUUAUUUAUAAAUUUCAUACAAAUUGAUAUAUUGAUUGUAUUAAAAUACGCUCGCGUUCCAGUAAAGACGUCGGAGAUAGCGUUUAGAAUCAAUUAAUUUGAAAUACCUUACUUGUAUUAAAAUUCGCGUCGUACUCAUUUCGCUCAGCUUUAAAUUCGCGCACCUUGUUGAGACUUAUUCGCGCUGCUUGAAAUUCGCACAAGUAAUUUUCCGUGUUCUUUUUGGUUUGUUUAUUAAUAAUAGAACUAUUAACGCAUUUAUAAUAUAUAAAUAUUUUUUGAAUGACCUCAAAAAAUGGCUUCAAAAUUAUGUAAUGUAAGCAAAAUUCAUGAUAGCUAUAACAAUUAAUAAAGCGCGAGUUCAAAAUACCAACAAGAACUAAUACAAUAAUGCAAGUCCAAAAAUAUAAACUCAACUAAUUUGCAUUGCAUUAGUAACAAUGAGUGUCUCAUACAGGCCUCGAAAUAAAUCCGGCGGAGGUUAUACCGGUCAUUAUCACCGGCGGAUCACUAAAUUUACCGGUCACAGCGGAAUUUAUGCCGGUCAUUGUCACUCCUUAGCUUCUUUUUCCCCUCAUCUUUCGCGUGACUCGUAAUUUUAGAAACAAUUGUGUAUUUUAAUUGUAUUUGUAUACGAAGUAGAAAUAUGGCGUUUAUCCAGCCUAGCCCUAGGCCCUCUCUCGCGCGCUUGCUAUGCUUGAUUCGUUUUUUGUUGGUGAAAGCUGCAGAACGGCUAAGGACCAGGCUGGCGUUUAUCAGAGCUGUAGUAGUAAAUCAUUACUAAUAACAUUAACAUUGUUUACUAGCAAAUUAAUAUAAUAAGUCGCAAAUGACAACUGUAGUUUGAGUUGCGAGCAUGCUUUAAGGCUGUAUUCCAGUUACGCGUUUUUCAUAUGUGCGUAUACACGCACGUAAAAGUUGAAAUCACUUUACAUCCUACUUAUGAAAUAACUUAAUUUAUAAAAGGACAGCAUUCAGUUUUGGGUAUGAUUUAAUGUGUACUUGUUUAGGUUAUUUGCACUUAUAUGAAACUUUAAAAGAUUUAAAUUUUUCCGUCGCACGUGUGAAAAACGCGUAACUGGAAAACAGCCCUUAGGCACAAUGCUUGCGGUAUAUCGUAUCUGUACGACCAAAUGUGUCACUUCUCGCCGCCCUAAUUAUCCUGCACCGUAGACGGACAUACACUUCUUUGGAAAAUUGGAAAUAAAAAAUCUGUUCCGUUUUUUAACGUACUUUUUAUUAAAAAAGUUACCGGUCACGCAUGUCCGCCAGGUAACAAUAUUUGCCGGUCAAACUGUGAAAUUUUACCGGUCAUCGGACCGGCACUUAUUUCAAGGUCUGGUCUCAUAUUUUGUAUCUCCCCCUCUCAAAAGAGGGGCGAAUACCCUAAGAAUAUCGGCCCCCUUUAGGAUAUUCGCCCCCCAUAUAUGCGAUGCGGUUUAUUCAAAUAACUAGAAUUUCGUGAUACUUUGAUCUUAUUAGUGCCUUACACGUUUGACAAUUUAACUCUGCAAUUAACUAAAGCUUUUUUGUCUUUUUUGAAACGUAUUAUUAGAGUAUUGGCAAGUUUUACCAUUCAGAGAUUUACAAACUAAUAUUGAAAUAAUGCAAGUAAAAAACAGUUUCAUAUAUGAUAUAUACGCGUAUUCACUAAUGAGUAAUCUUAUGACAACUUAUAAGCCAUACAUUUUCCGAUAACGAUAUGACUAUAUAACGAUAUGACUAUUCCGAUAACGAUAUGAUAUAUACGCGUAUUCACUAAUGAGUAAUCUUAUGACAACUUAUAAGCCAUACAUUUUCCGAUAACGACAAAACGUGGAUCGGAUGCUUUAUAUUUUAUAAAUUCAUUUUGAAAAUAUUUAAUAUAUUGAAUAAUGCUCAUUACAUUUAUAUGACGAAAUGUUUCUGGGUCUUGAAUGGGUAUGACACAGCCUAGUCCCAGGCUCUCUCUCUAUUCGCUGCUUUGAUAUAUUGACACAUAUUGUACAUAUACUAUAAGAGCCGACUAAGACCGUCUAUUUAAUUUAUAUUUUCGAAUUCGAUCAAUUCCAUCAUGUGUGUCAAUACAAUAAUAAUGUGCUUCAGUAACAUAACUAUAGGGAAAUAACAACACGCUAGCUGAGGCGAAGUCACCAAGUUCAAAUUUGGCAUGUGUCAUAAUGUGCUACUGACUACUGUUAAUAAUAACAAUUGAAACUAAAGUAUUUCUUCCAUAAACACGAUAGUAAAUUUAUAGCUUAAUAGCCUUAGCUGAUGUGGUGGUAUAGACCUAAAUACCAUAAACACGAUCUAUAUAUAAGAACUACCUAACCAAUUCAAUUAUUUUCAAUCAAUGACAAUCAUUAAUGAAUAAUUUUGUGAAUACUGCAUCGAUGGAGACAAGUAGAUUUUUAGUGCUCUUUAUAAUGAAAUUAAACAGUUUGAUUAUAAAAAAAACAUAUACUUGACAAUAUACCAGUAAUUACAAUAACCACCACGGUGAUUACUUUUUAACAAUGAGUUUAAGGGUUAACACCGAAAAUGCAAAAUAUGCAUGGUGUGCUGUGAAACGUACGAUAAGUCCUAUUGAUCUACUGUAUGCCCUUUCGAUACAUGUAUAAUUGUAACAUUGUAUUCUUAACAAUUUCGAAUUGAUACUGAUUUCAAAUGACUAAAGCAAUAUGUUAUAAUUAUCAGUGCAACUGUUAGGAAAGGUGAAGUUUCUAAAGGGGGGCGAAUUAAUUUCCUAAAGGGGGGCGAGUUUCCUAAAGAAUUUCCCCCCCCCCCCCCCGGAGGGCGAUAUUGUAGGGGGGGGGGGCUAAAUUCCUGGGACACCGGGUUUAUUAUGUUUUUAGCAAUUAUGUUCAAGAAAAACCUUUCAUGCAAUUUAUUCACUAAUAGAUUACGUACGAUUGUAUGCAUGUGUACCCAUUCUGCAUCAUAAUCAUUGAUAAUAUAUUAUAUUACUUAGGUGACUACCCAACAAAUUGUUCUGCUGAUUAUUUCCAAUGUAACAAUGCAAAUUGUAUUGACAAGUUAUUCCGGUGUGAUGGUGAAGAUGACUGUGGUGAUAAUACUGAUGAAACUGACUGUAGUGAGUAUAUACACUUUAGUCUGAUAUUUAUAUAGUUAUAUCUUAUUUCAGUAUUAAUUUAUUGAAAACUAUAUUGAUAUAAUGAUUCUUUUUCUUGGGUGCAUUAUUAUUUGAGGUCAUAUAAAGACAAUGUUCUUUAUGUAUAAUCAAAAUUCAUGCUAAUUAAUUGUCGGCUGUUAAUAAGUUACCGAUCGAGUUUAUAUAGUCGAUAGUAGGCCUAUAGGUAUUGAUUUGUAAGAUUGAUCUCAUUUAAUGUGUAUAUUAAUUUCUAUAUUUUCCACAGGUACAGCAUGCAGUCCUAGUUCUUUUACUUGUAAAUCUGGAAAAUGCAUCCCUCGGAAUUUGAAAUGUAAUGGAAAGAAUGACUGUUUGGAUGGUUCUGAUGAAGACUCGUGCCCAACAGGUAUAACUUAAUUUAUAUAUAUAUAUAUAUAUAUAUAUAUAUAUAUAUAUAUAUAUAUAUAUAUAUAUAUAUAUAUAUAUAUAUAUAUAUAUAUAUAUAUAUAUAUAUAUAUAUAUAUAUAUAUAUAUAUAUAUAUAUAUAUAUAAUCUUGCAAAAAUGAAAUGUAUUUGCAAGAAAUUUAUCAAUCAUCAAAUAGAUCAAAUCUCAAGAAAUGUUUGCUAUUUCGCUGUCGUCAUGCAGUCGUUAUAAUGCAAACUUUAAAUUGGACCAAUCAGUGUCCGCUAUUCAUGACAGUCCGCCAUAUUUUUGAGAUCAGUUGGGAUGACCACCCACCGAAACUUCGUUGGUGACCCACGCCCGCGAUCAUUGAUGAACUUUAGACUUCGCUAAUGCUUUCGUUUCCCCGGGUGUAAAUAGCCGGUUUAAAUAGUGUUAUAUGUUACCAUGGUUACCACUGAUGGGGAUGUUUGCCUAUUCAUAUGCAAUAGUAUAGCUGACAUUCUGCAAUACUUUAUUUCUCAGUGAGCCCACCAACCUGUUCAAAGGAUGAGUUUCUUUGUGAUGGUGAAUGUAUGUUUGACUUUAUGAAAUGUGAUGGUGAAUCAGAUUGCAAAGAUGGGGCUGAUGAGUUAGGAUGUGGUGAGUUAUUGAGUAGAAACGUAAUGUGAUUAAGCUAUAUAUAGUUUCCCACAAUGGGGUGCACAAUCGCAUGCACUAGCUAGGAUGAAACUUACAAGAAACACAGAAGUGCAUGUACCCGCACAUCAUCUUCUGAAUUAGAACGUUUUUAAUAUACAGGGGUAUCAAAUUUUCAUAUUUGGUAAGAUCAGGCUUUUAGCUAUUGAAUGACAUGCUUUUCAUACCAAGUGGAGAAAAAAUAAGCAUGUACGAGGCCGAUCAAAAAUGUUAGUCAAAAUCGCAUAUUUUUUACCUCUGUGCCUAAUUAAAACAAUGCAUAACAAAAGAAAAAGCAAUUAAUCACUAACGUGUCGUAGCUUAGCUAAGAUUUAUUCCUACUUAAUAAUAAUUAUGAAUAUGUGCGUAGUUUAAUGAACUGAAAUUCAUCAACUUAAGUACCAAAGGGAGUUCAUUUUCAAUGGUUUUAGACCCAACUCUCAACGGGAAAAUAUGCAAUUCUGACUAACAUUUUUUAUCGGAUUCGUAUUUGCUCAUUUUUAGUGUGAACUUCACAGUAUUGUGAUGGUGGGGAAAAUUCAAACGAAACAGUCAGUCAGUCAUUCAUUCAGUCAGUCAUACAGUAAACUUUCCGGGUGGCGUGUACGAUUUAUGUUCGUAGUGAUUUAUUGUGCUUAGUCAGUACUUUGAAGGUUAUUUAGGCAAUUUCAGUUAACUUAUUUACAUAUUCUGUUAUCCUUUUACCAAGUUCACAAAAAUUUCGAGCAAUCGCUUUCGUUAAUGUAAUUCUUUGUAAAUUUUAGAACAUUCGCUUCUCAUGUUGUGUAAAGGAUCUUUACCCCGGAACACCCGAUUUUUCUUUAGUAGCGCAAAUGCGCAUGCGCUAUCAAGCCGUAGAUCACGAUGGCGUGACGAUAUGCUAGGAAGGAGUGACAGUGUUGUUUUCAGAUGUAUAAACAUUUCAGACGUGAAUAUUGAGUAAAUCUUUGAAAAUCUACGCAAUAUAUAAAUUGAUCUUAUGCACUACGGCCGUUCAAUUAAUAAGUGUCGAUAAUAUUUAGGCGGUAUAUUCAUUAUACAGAGCUAGGAAGGAGCUAGACCGCCUAGACAGUGCAUUUAAGACUCAAGUGUAUAAACAUUUCAGACGUAAAUAUUGAGCCGAAAAUCUUUGAGAUUCUAGGUAUUCAAUUGAGUGCUGAUAUUAUUUUCACGGUAUACUCAUUAUUCAGGGGUACAGUAUGUACGAAGAAGCGAGACAGUGUUGUUUUUCAAAUAUAUAAACAUUUCAGACAUGAAUAUUGAGAAAAUUUUUGAGAUUCUACGCAAUAAUAUGAUAUAUAAAUUGAUGAGUAUGAGUACGUUCAAUUAAGUGCCCAUCGAUAGACGAUAUUAUUUAGACCGUGUAUUCAUUAUACAUUGUUAUUUGACUUUGAAGUCAAAGGUCAAUGCGGACUUGUUAUUGUAAAACAUGUCACAAUUAGGUUAAAAUGCGGAAGCGGAUGGAGCGGACCACAGAACGGAAAUGCGAAAAAAAUACGGAACGGAUGAAGAUAAAAUGCUUCCUUUCAAUGAUGUAACGACGUAGUGCUUAUUAUUUAUAACAUAUCGUAUACAUCUAUUUCAAUUAUAAAUUUGCAGUAGCCUUGUGCGGAUGCUUUUAGCGACAGCUGCAAUUGAAAUUUUGAAUUGUCGCGUGUAGCAUCACAAUAGAUAGAUCAAUUGUAUCAGUUUCACAAAGCACGUUUCUGAUGUGUUAGGCUUGUUUCAAACGUCACGCUACUCGUGUGUCGAGCGCAUUAAAAGCAAUAUAUAAUGAGAUGAAAUGCCGUUGGUGAUUGUUUAUUUCGUAGUGUAAGACAUCAGCUUUUCUAGGUUGUCAGCGAUCCUAUAUAGUUCUUGCAGAAUCUUUUUCAAUUUGAAACUUCACACUAUCCUUGGAUCCCUAGUUUAUCCAUUUGGCAUGAAGAAGAUAUCAUUCAACAGCUAAAAGCAUGAUCUUUCCGAAUGUGUUAAAAUCUCGUUCAUACGCAGAGUAAUUCGGAUACAAUUGCGCGCUGAAGUUCGAUUACCUUUUUUUUUAUACACCCUGUAUACACUAAAUUGAUUAAUUGGUAUCAGUGAAUUUGACUGACAGUCUUUGUAUUAUUAUAACAGCUGCAAUUACAUGUUCAAGUAGAGAAGUUUUAUGUGAUGAUGGCAAGUCGUGUGUUAUGAAAUACAAGUUGUGCAAUGGUAGAGUGGAUUGUCCUGAUGGGAGUGAUGAAAAAGCAUCAAGAUGCCCCACUCCAGCAACUGGUAAGUUUGUCAUUGUAUAGUGAUGAUAAUGACGGAGAUGGUUGAUUAACUAAUCGAUGGAUGAAUGCAUGAUGAGCGAUUGAUGGUGAUCAUCGAGAACUAGAUUUCAUUGAUUGCCAUACACAUUUGGAACUUUUGCAUGUGAAUGAAUUAUUAUAGGCAGCAUGCGCAUGUGGACUUUUUGUAAUGUAUAUAAUAUAUGAAUGUCUGAUGCUUAUCAGUAAGACCAGUGAACUACGUCGCUCACGUAAAUAUCUCAUCGUAUAUAUAGGUGUAACAAAAUAUGAAAACCAGACAACACAAAUUACCGCAUGGUUAUAUUUAUCUACAUUUGUGUUAUUGUACACUCCGUAAUAUGUUAAGAUGAAAAUGUUCUGGAGUGUGUAUUAUAUAAUUUCCAUACCCAGCGCAAGCAGAAAGAUGUUGUCUGCCGCGGCUGGGUCUUGAACCCGCCACCUUCGAAUUACUAGAUCGACGCUCUACCAACUGAGCUACACGGUCAGACGGAUUUAAGACUGGAAAUUAUAUAUAUAAGACGGA